AUGGGUCGGCGUCGAAGGGUCGCGGGUUUGGGUUCACAUCCGGCAGAACUAACCGCUGCAGACGUGCGAACACAAGCAGCCUAUAAGAACAGAUGGACAACGGCCAUCCACAACCCCGGACUACUCUUCAUUGCCUUCUUUGCCUCAUUUGGCGGCUUCGAAUAUGGCUACCAGCAGGGCGUCCUCGGUCAAUCCUUUGUGAUGACUCGCUAUAUGGAUAACUUCCCUUCAGUGGUGGCAUCGGCGAGUGCGAAAGGCUGGCUCACCUCGGUUCUACAACUAGGGGGGAUCCUGGGCUCACUGACAGCCGGAAUCUUUGGCGAGGUCUUUUCCCGGAAAUACACCAUGUUUUCAGCGUGCUGCUGGGUUGUCCUUGGUUCGUACUUGUACUGCGGUGCAUCCUAUCAUCGACCCCAGCUGUUGUAUGCCGGACGGUUUUUCACUGGCCUUGGUGUUGGCACGUUCAGCGGUGUAGGCCCUCUUUACAAUGCCGAGAUUUCCCCGCCCGAGAUGCGCGGCUUCAUUGUCUCUUUCUACCAAUUCGCCACAAUCCUAGGUAUUAUGCUGUCGUUCUGGAUCGGCUACGGGAGUAACUACAUUGGCGGCAUCGGCGACACUCAGUCGAACCUGGCCUGGAGGCUCCCUUCCAUUAUUCAAGGCAUCCCAGCGGCCAUCCUUGCUCUUGGAAUCUGGUGGCUGCCCUUCUCGCCCCGUUGGUUGAUCAAAAAAGGCCGUGAUGAGAAGGCCAUCUGGACAUUGGGCAAGCUGCGCCAGUUGCCAACUGAACACGAACUGAUCCAGAUCGAGUACAAGGAGAUCAAAGCCGAGUGCCUGUUCGAGCAGCGCGCUUUCGCGAAGAACUUUCCUCUACUAGCAGCCAAGGAAGAGGCUAACGUCUGGAUCAGUGAAGUGGCCCAGUACUGGAACAUCAUCCGCACCAAGGACCACUUCAAGCGUGUCGCCACCGCCUGGCUGGUCAUGUUCUUCCAGCAGUGGUCCGGCAUCGACGCCAUCAUCUACUAUGCCUCCAAUGUCUUCAUCAGUUUGGGCUUGACGGGCGGCACUCAGGCCCUCCUCGCGACCGGUGUCACGGGCGUCGUCUUUUUCGUCUGUACACUGCCAGCCAUGGCCGUGAUCGACAAAUUUGGCCGCAAACCUAUGCUUAUCUGGGGCAGCGUGGUCAUGUGGAUAUCCAUGGUCAUCCCAGGAAUCAUCGUUGCAAAGUUCCAGCACGAUUGGGCGGCCCAUACUGCUGGCGCCUGGACUGCUGUUACCUUUAUCUGGAUCUACGUCGGCGCGUUCGGCGCAACCUGGGGCCCCGUCUCGUGGACUCUUGUCGCCGAAAUCUUCCCUCUCUCGAUUCGAUCCAAGGGCGCCUCCAUCGGCGCCUCGAGUAAUUGGGUUAACAACUUUGCAGUCGCCUUCUACGUCCCGCCCAUGUUCGAGACUUGGGAAUGGGGCACGUACAUCUUUUUUGCGGUAUUUCUCGCUGGCGGCAUCGUAUGGGUAUGGUAUUGCUUACCGGAGACCAAGGGUGCGACUCUUGAGGAGAUGGACCGCGUUUUCAACAGUCACACCGGCGCAGAGGAUGCCGCUAUGCUUGCCGAAGCCCGCCGUGACGUUGGAAUCGACUCGAACCUCGAUCUAACCGCUAUUCGCCGCACCAGCGCCGCCAAAGAAGAGAGCCACGAGGUGAAGACUGAGGUUGAAACAGCUUAA